GGCAUACUGGGAAGAGAGCCGAAUAUCCGUCACCUUUCAAGGACCUAGAAGUAGGGUUUUGGCCUAGGUAACCGGGCAGAGAUGUGGUUCGAGAUACUCCCUGGACACGCCGCCAUGGGCGUGUGCUUGCUUAUUCCAGGACUGUCUACUGCAUACAUCCACAGGUUCACUAAUGGUGGCAAGGAAAAAAGGGUUGCUCAUGUUUUGCAUUCAUGGAAUUUGAUGGAAAGAGAUAGGCGCAUCUCUGGAGUUGAUCUUUACUAUAAGUCAAAGGGUUUGGAGAACAUUGAUUAAAGAAGCAUUUUCCUGAUUGAUGAAAAAAUAACUCAGCAAUGGUCAUCUACCCCU